CAGACGCAAACACAAACACAUGCACACACACGCAGAGUCACACACUAAGCGUAUCUUUCCAGCCCUGCUGUGUCUUUACUAACGGGACAAGUUUAAACCUCCGGAAUAUCGCUGUCGGCUCUCCGCGUUUCUGUCGCCUCCAUGUGAUCUUCUCGACCCCGGAGUGAGCUGUGAAACCAAGUCAGUCCUGUGAUUAAAGACCUUGGAGUGAUACAGGAUUUCUGCAGAAGUUUACCACAGCUUAAAGGAUAAUGAUGACGGCUAUGGGAGGAGGCCAUAGCCGAAGGUGCAGCCCUCGCUAGAAAAAUACGUUCUCCUCCAAUUUCACCCCUCCACCAUCAGCCACUACCGCCGACCCGUCCCCUGGCAUCAUGGCCAACCACCUGGAGCUGAUCCAGGAGCUGCAGCAGCUGGACAAGGUGCCCAGUCUGGAGAGGCUGCGGGCGGCCCAGAAGCGCCGUACACAGCAGCUGAAGAGAUGGGCCGUGUACGAGAAGGAGAUGCAGAAUAAGAAGCGAAAGGCAGACAAGAAGGGACGCAACGCAAACAACUUCCAGCUGGCAGAGUCCAAGAGGCAUGUGUCGUUUGCCGCCAGUGUGGCACUUCUGGAGGCAUCGGCCAGGAAUGAUCCAGAUGAAGUACGUUACCUGCUGAGGAACAAUGUGAGUCCAGACCUCUGCAAUGAAGACGGUCUCACCGCCCUGCACCAGUGUUGUAUAGAUAACUAUGAGGAUAUGGUGAAGAUCCUGCUGGACCGAGGAGCCAGCGUUAACGCUCAGGACAAUGAGCUGUGGACGCCACUGCAUGCCGCUGCGACCUGUGGCCACGCAGGACUGGUCAAGAUACUCAUUGCACAUGGUGCAGAUCUGCUGGCAGUCAACUCUGAUGGGAACAUGCCCUAUGACCUGUGUGAAGAUGACCCAACACUGGACAUCAUUGAGACAGCCAUGGCCAACAGAGGCAUCACCCAGGAGAUGAUCAACGAGACACGAGCGUCAACAGAGAGAAGGAUGCUGGGAGACAUUCAGGAACUGCUGAGACAGGGAGAGGAGGUCAACCAGCAGGACUCUCAGGGAGCCACACUGCUCCACAUCGCAGCAGCAAAUGGCUACGUGCAGGCUGCAGAGCUGCUGCUGGAAGGGGGAGCUCGCAUGGACCUGAGAGAUUCGGAUGGAUGGCAGCCUCUUCACGCUGCAGCGUGCUGGGGUCAGAUGCAUGUGGCAGAGCUGUUGGUGUCUCACGGAGCCAGUCUCAAUGCCAAGACCUUCCUGGAGGAGACUCCCAUUGAUCUGUGUGAGGAUGAGGAGUUCAGAGCCAUCCUGCUGGAUCUGAAACACAAACACGACAUUAUCAUGAAGUCACAGCUCAAACACAAGACCUCACUGUGCAGGCGAACAUCCAGUGCAGGCAGUCGUGGAAAAGUGGUGCGGCGAGCCAGCCUGUCAGACAGACACAACUUAUGUCGUAAAGAGUACGAGACAGAGGCCAUCGUUUGGAGGGGAGGAAGGGAGGAGGACGACGAGAAAGAGAAAGAGUCUGAUCAGGAGAACAGCCAAGUGGUUAAUGUCAAACCAGUCGUAGCUGUGGAGCUGCCAGACAAGCCCAAGCUGCCCACCAUCCUCAAAGACAGCAGCAGCAAACAGAAUGGCCUCAUCUCCACGACAACGUCCGUGCCGCCGCAGCCGCCCUCCAAUGGCAGCACCCCAUUGUCUGAUAACGGCAGGGUGGUCACAACCCAGCCUGCUCAGGAGGAGGCCUGGCCAAGAGAGCGCGCUCAGACUCUGUCGGAGCUGAAGAAACAGAGGGCCGCCGCCAAAUUGUUGAAUCAUCCCUUGUUUAACGGUCACCUAGGUAACGGUUCCGCAGACUCCUUCACUGAUGCCAAAACCAACUCCGAGGACCCCCGCAUGCCGCUGGUCUCCUCCAAUGGCAGUGCAGUUUACUACACACCAGCCAGCGGUGACCCGCCCCUCCUCAAACUGAAACAGCCAAUAGAGGAAGAGCCGCCAAAGGUGCGGACCUGCUGCUGUGUGUCAUAGCGCUGCAGUCACAUGGAGUGUUUGCACAGAGUGGAGGGAAGCAAGAAAUGUGCUGUAGGAGGGAGGAAAGAAAGAGCGAGUGUCCCUGUCUUUUAACGUCCUGUCCCACCACUUCUUUGAAUGAUGAGUGGUCAGAAGACGGUCUAGAAACUUUUCCUCUUACCUCCCUGUCACAUGACUCCUGCUACAAUUGGAGAAACCUUACCCCAAAUGGAGGCAUAUUUCAAGUGGAGAACAGGCCAUCGCAUUCCUCCAGAUGUCACUUGGAUUAAAAUUUCUUUCCAUCCAUAGUCUUUUUUACAAGACAUGCCAAACGGAUAGAAAGAGUGCAAGAUGUUGUUUCUCUGUCCCUGUGCACCUUUAAAAAAUCAAAGUGUGGACAGUUUUUUUUUAAGCUUUUCACUUUGAAAGGGUCAAAAAUUUUGCAUCAGAAGAGUGGAGAGGAUCUCAAGGUACUGCAUGUUCUGUCCUCAGAGAUGAAGAUGGAGAAGAGCUUUUUCUAGCCCACACAUGGAUGGUUAUCUUGUAAUUUAACAUUUUCUUCAUCAAACCGUAAUGUUCUGCUAUUACGCCAUGCUCUUGUCAAUUUCAAAAUUUGCAGGAUGUCCAUCCUAAGGAGGUCUAAACAUAUUGUAGUUCAUUAUGUUGUUUUACAACAUACCAGAAAGAGCUUAACGUAGCAAAAAGAGAUCUGAGACAUCUCUUCUGAAGUCAUAUUGAAAUGCUGCCUGCAAAAGUAAAGGGAAGGAAUGCCAUAAAACAGUGUUAAAAUAUUCAAGAAGUGUACUUCUACCAUGAGCGAUAACAGGAAAUAGUACUGCACUUGUGUUUUGAAACUGUCACUAUAUUCUGUCAACUAUAAUUCACCUCACCGUCCUCUCAGAUCAAACCUAAACUGACAGGUCAUUCUCUGUUUUAUGCAUAAUCCACUUUGCAUUCACUCGUACAGAUAAUUUUAAGCAAACAUGGAUGAAAAUGACUGUACAUUUUUUUAUUUAUGAAGUUAAUAUAAUGUGUAAAAAAAAACAACAAAAAAAAACAUAUUAUGGUUCCUCAAGUUGAGUGUAUUUAUUAUUUGGAUGGUGUGUGGAGAGUGUGAAUGCUAUAAAAGAUGAGCUGGUGAAUCUUCCAGCAAAGCACCUUCUGACAUGGAAAAUCAAACAGAUAAACUGAAGAAAGGGUUACUGUCUGCUAUAUGUACAUGUUAUCAAAAACACAAACAUCUUACUGGGAUGGAUUCACAUUUGUGUCACUACAAAUAACAGUGUUAUUUGUUUGUUUUGUUUUUUUUCCUUGUGGCCAUUGUGUGGCUUUAUCUUCUCCCUUCACUGUAUUUGUCUAAGUAACAGAAACUGUAAAUGUUAUGUAAUGAAUUACUGUAAGUAUAGAAUGAGUUUUCUGAGGAUACAAACAGACUCUGUGCUUGCCACUUAAUUUUUUUUUUUUUUAACAUUAAUCCACACUUGGAUUUAAUAUGUAGCGAGCCCACAGAGUUAUGUCAGGUGACCUUUAGUGUAUCAUGAUUUCCAGCCCAAAAACAAGUUGCUCUUUUCCAGGAGAUGAGAAGACUGAUGCCGCUCUCAUGUCUCUACAAUUCGCUCCUUACACAAUAUGGCAACCACUGACGUUAGAACUUGAGCGUGUGGGUCAGUACUUCCGGUCAAAACUUCCGGUGAUCUAACAGCGACAGCAGAACAUGGCGAGAGCGAGAGACAACAGCGAUCAAGUUAAAUUAACAGAGAGAAUUAUAUUUACAUAGCAGUAGCUAUGUAGCUAACAUUUAGGUCAGUUUUCCUGUAGAUAUUUUAGGAUUAUCAGUUGUUUUUUUCAACGUUUGACGCUUUUUAGUUGAGGUGCAUACGAACAAAACAAAAAAAAACACGGCAUCCUGAAAAAAGCGCUAACUUUUCUCGACCAAAAGAGACGAUUCAAUCUGGCACAGAGAAAGCAUAACCUAUCGCUAAGUUAGGAGUAAUAUGAGAUUGUCAGAGGCGGGCCUACCGAAUAGUUGUUUGAGUAUUUCUUUUGGUUUGUGUUGUAAUGUAUUGGUUCAGAAAACUAGAGACAAGUAACGCAAUCGCUCACCAAUGGCCGCACUUCAUUGUUGUGAUCGUUAUGUACCGUUUCGUUACGUUACAACAAAGAAGUCAGCUUUCAUGCAUUCCCCGUUAAUGCUGCGGUAUGGGCAGUGUGGGAUGCAGAAGAUCCGGAGGGAUGACUUAAACCCAACCAAAAACACCCGGGUCUGUAGUCAGCAUUUUAAGCAGACUGAUUUUCAUGUGACUGUUAGUGAAGGCAUGGGCAACUCAGCAAUGAAUUAACGAUAUAUCUUGCUUCUUAAAAAAACAUUCUCUGUAUUACUGUCAUCAGUACAUUCGCUUUGGGUUUUUACUGACUUGAAAAUGCACCAGAUCAAACACCUGAUGCACGGACAAGGGUGGUAAAUAAUCUUGAUCGCAGCCAUUGGUAGUUUCCGAUAGUGAUAGGUUAUGCUUUCUCUGCACCAGAUUGAAUAGUUUCUUCUGGUUGAGAAAAGUUAGCGCUUUAUUAUCAGUUGUUUUUUCAGGGUGCCGUGCUUUUUUGUUUUGUUCGUACGCACCUCAACUAAAAAGCGUCAAACGUUGAAAAAGAGUAACUUAUAAUUCUAAAACAAAUACAGGACAACUGACCUAAAUGUUAGCUACAUGGCUACUGCUAUGUAAAUAAAAUAAUCUCUCUAUUAAUGUAACUCGAUCGCUGUUGUCUCUCGCUCUCGCUGUUAUAUCACCGGAAGUUUUGACCGGAAGUACCGGCCCACACACUCAAGUUCUAACGUCAGAGGUCGCCAUAUUGUGCAAGAAGCGAAUAGAUAUGUAGUGGGAGCUCGUUAGCUUAGCAUAAAAAUGGGGGAAAAUCGGGGGAAAGAAAAUCCACCUGGCAAAAUCUCACUAAUAAAUACAUUAUAUCUUGUUUGCUUAAUCUGCACAAAAAAAGACGUGUUGUUUUAUGUGCUAGACAACAUCCUGCCAACCAGCAGAUACUCCAGGACAACAGACCAAGAAACUGUCCAGCGCUUCAAGUCAAACAAACAAUGUGUUAAUUAGAAAGCGUGAGAGGUCCCUUUACGCAAGAUUUAAAAAAAAAAAAAAUCAUUUUACACAGCCAGGCUAUUUCCAGUUUUUGUGCUAAGUUGACAGAGAAAGAAAGCAAAUAAGCAGUUUUCCAAAAUGUUGAACUAUUCCUUUAAUCCAAUAACAGCUCCUCUUAUCUCCUUGUGAGUGCCAAAGAGUCUUCCAUGAUUAAAAAAAAAUACAAUUAAAAUGAAAAAAUAAAAAUCCUAUAAGGACAUUUGAUAAUUUUGGAAGGGGAGGCUGUCAUUGUUUCCGAUGACCUACUCCUUCAAACAUGUAAUUACCCAGAAUGCCACUACCACUUUAACCACAUAACAUCAGCUGUACAGUGUCAAAUAUUUGUACAGAUGCGUUUGUAAAUAUGUUUGUAUUAGUAUCCCCUUAUCUGUUCCCAUGAACUGCAUUUACAUGUCUGUGUUGUUACUGUUGAGAAACAUAUAGGAAAAUACAAUAACCCACAUUGAUGAACAGUGUUAGUUGACAUUUGGUUGUCAUGGGGUGAAACUGUGAGACUACAUAGACCCCAAACCCUUAGUAUCGAGCAGUUUAAAAUCUGUCUCUAAAGUCGAGUGCACCUGGGUGUCAUCACAAUACUUAGUGUUUCCUCCCUGCUGUUCAGUGACCAGUGUCUGAAUGGUGGAAUUUUUCUGUGCAAAUUUGCUGCAAAGGUCCGCUUUUAAAUGUUGCACUCGUGUAGGAAGCAGUUUUGUUUUUCAACUCAUUUUGAGGAAGUACAAAUGAAGUCAAAGAGAUUGCUAUUUCCACUAGUUUUGGUUCUGUCUUUUUGUGUCCAAGGCAGUGACAUAAUCUUGUUGUGAGUCAGCUGAAAUUCACUUAAGUCACUCAGUUGUAGUAAAAUUUUGAACUACGACCUGGUCAGUUUUAGCCAGAAAGGGACAGUCACCUGUUAAAAUGUAACCUGUGUUACUUAGAUCAGGGCUUGUGUUUGACUGCAAGCCUCACUGUCUGUAAGGAUAAGAUUAUAAAGAAGGAAAACUACUGAUUUUGUAAUUACUGGAAUAUACUGAUGGUUGCAUUAACAUAUUUUGAAUAAAUUGUAUAUUUUGAGAAUUUUA